ACAAGAGCUCGAUUUUGUUUACUAGAUCUACCUGGCCUAAAAAGGACGCCAUGUUGGAAAUGGGAACGUUUUUGUUUUAGAAGACUGCGGCCACAAGUUCUUUGUGAUAAACAAAUAAUAUCAAAUUGCACAUUGAGUGCUCUGUCGACGGGUUUCCUUUAAUGGAACAAAAUGUCGGAGGAAGUUGGAAAGAAACGUCCCCUUGAAACUGAGGAUGCAGUUUCUGAAGAAGCAGACGAUGCUAAAAGGCGCAAAGUUGACGAGCCAGUGAAAUCUGAAGAAAGUUCAGUGAGUGUGCCUGAAACUGAAAGUUUACGUGAAGAAGCGGAUUCGGAGUCGAAGACAUCUGGUGCUGAUGCUGUGGCCAGUGCUUCUCCAAAGCCCGAGGGUGUGGCUGCCGUAGCACCUGCAGGAGCCAGUGAAGAGAAGACUGGGGAGGAUGUCUCCAUGAGUGAGAAAGAUGCAGGGGAUGGUAAGGAACAGUCUGAGCUGGUGGAAAAGACUGGUGGUGAGGAAUCGUCGGCGUUAAAAGACUCGCUCCCUGGUGCUGAAGGUGAUGGUGGUGUGGACGACGCAGAAGGCAAGGAUACGGAGCUGGAUGGAAGCAAGAAGGGAGAGGGAUUGGAAAGUAAAACAGAGGAGGAGGUGAAGAAACCAGAGGAUGACUCGGACAAAUCAGAAGGAGGGGUGGUUGAAACAAAAGUAGUCGGGAAAACAGAGGAUGGUGGGAGGAAAACUGAUGACGGGAGCAAAACAGAGGAAGAGGUGAGCGAGAAGGAAGGAGAGGUCAGCAGAAAGGAAGAAGUGAGCAACAAGGAGGGAGGGGUGACCCAAGCAGAGGAGGAAGUGAGCAGAACCGAGGAAGACGCGAGCAAAACACAGGUUAAGGUGGAAGAAGAUGGUGUUGGAAAGGGACGUGAGAAGGGUGAGGAACCUGGCUCAAAGCCUGCACCUGUUGUUGCCAAUAUAAAAACUGAGCCCGAGACCAGUCCCGUGGUGAACUGCAACGGCGUGGACUACAGCAAGGCGGCCGCUGUCAAAGAGGAGGAGCGACUGGGCCAAGCUGCGAAAUCAGGAAGUGACGAUGCUGCGGAGUCUGCUACUGUGAAAUCUGAGGGCAGCGAAAAGGAAAAUUUUGGCCAAGACCGGCCGUCUGGCGAGGACGUUAUCAUGCUGUCUGACGAGGAGGAUGAGUCUGGUCGGGGGGAAGGCAAAACUCUACGCCCCCACUCGGACGUGCUGAAGAAGAUAAAAGCCCUCCAGAACGAGCUGCGGAACGAGGAGGCGACCCUGGUCCUGCUGAAGAAACUCCGCCAGAGCCAGACGACUCAGAGCCAGGAGCCUCCCCCUCAGCCCCCCGCCCCCAAAGCCCCGGCCCACCACCCGCCCCAGGUGCCCCAGCAUGUGAGGCAGCAGCACAGCGGUCCUCCGCCACUGGUCCGAGGGAGCCAGGCCGCGGCCCCUAAGGCCCUGCACAACCUGAAUCAAAAUAUCCACAUGCGUGGUCAGCAGCUGAACAGUCACUCCCGCUCUCAGCAAGGUCCUCCGCCUCUGGUCAUGGCUUCUCGAGCGGGAAAUGGCCCGGCCGUCCCACCCCAGCAACAGCAGCAGCAUCAUGGUUCCCGUGCCAACGUUCCUCAGAACCUGCCCAGAAACAGUAUGAACAAUAGAAAUCAACAGCAGUUACAGCAGCUUCAGCAGCAGCAUCAGCAACAACAACAGCAGCAGCAG